AUGGCACUGUCAGUACCGAAAGCCCCGGGAUUCAGUUCAAUGCUGAAGGAGGGCACCCGACACUUCGCGGGCCUCGAGGAGGCCGUCAUCCGCAACAUCGAGGCCUGCAGUGAACUGUCCACCACUUUGAAGACCGCUUACGGACCCAAAGGACUCAACAAAAUGAUUAUCAAUCACUUGGAGAAGCUGUUCGUGACGUCGGACGCGGCGACAAUCAUGAGGGAAAUGGAUGUCCAACACCCGACCGCCAAAAUGAUCAUUCAGGCCUCGCAGAUGAUGGAGCACGAGGUCCUCUUUGUCUCCAUUUUGACCAUUGAUUCGCUGAUAUCUGUGGGCGACGGAACCAAUUUCGUGAUCCUAUUCGCCGGUUCUCUACUGGAAAACGCCGAAGAGCUCAUCCGAAUGGGUCUUAAGCCCACGGAAAUCAUUGAUGGAUACGAAAUGGCGAUCAACAAAGUGUUGGAUGAGAUUCUGCCCGAACUCACAGUCCAUGAGGUGAAGGAUGUCAGGGAUUUGAAAGAAGUGACGAAAGCCAUCCGCUCUUCAGUUAUGAGCAAACAGUACGGAAACGAAGAUUUCUUGUCGGAACUGAUCGGGAAGGCGUGUAUAGCAGUGAUCGGCAAUAAUAAUGCCUUUAAUGUGGACAACAUUAGGAUCUGUAAGAUAUUGGGCUCAGGAAUCGGAGGGUCACAAGUGGUCCAGGGAAUGGUGUUUAAGAAAUUGGUUGAGGGCGAUAUAACAGUGGCAGACAAUGCCAAUGUUGUGGUCUACACGUGUCCGGUGGACACACAGGCGACCGAAACGAAGGGAACGGUUCUCAUUAAAUCGGCCGAAGAGUUGAAGGAUUUCAGUCGCGGCGAAGAGAAUCUAUUGGAGACACAGAUCAAAGCGAUCGCCGAAUCGGGCGCUAAAGUGAUUGUUUCCGGCGGAAAGUUCGGCGAUUUGGCCCUUCAUUACUGCAAUAAAUAUAAUUUAUUAGCCGUUCGUCUGAUGUCUAAGUUUGAUAUCCGACAGUCGGAUAUCAAACUUAGACAUCAGACGAACGGCUAA